GCAGCGCUGCGCUGGGCUGAACAGCACCGUGGACAGCGCUCGGCCCGCGGCUCUACCUCGCACUGGCACACGCACCCUGACACACACUCCGCUGCACGAUGGCAGAGUCCCACCUGCAGUCGCCCCUCAUCUCAGCCUCACAGUUUUUCGAAAUCUGGCUUCACUUCGACGCUGACGGAAGUGGGUACCUGGAGGGGAAGGAGCUGCAGAACCUGAUCCAGGAGCUCCAGCAGGCGCGAAAGAAGGCCGGGCUGGAGUUGUCACCUGAGAUGAAAACUUUUGUGGAUCAGUACGGGCAGAAAGAUGAUGGAAAAAUAGGAAUUGUCGAGCUGGCUCACGUGUUGCCCACGGAAGAGAACUUCCUACUCCUGUUCCGAUGCCAGCAGCUGAAGUCCUGCGAGGAGUUCAUGAAGACGUGGAGAAAGUACGACACCGACCACAGCGGCUUCAUCGAAACCGAGGAGCUGAAGAACUUUCUGAAGGACAUGCUGGAGAAAGCGAACAAGACUGUCGAUGACACAAAGCUGGCUGAGUAUACAGACCUAAUGCUGAAGUUAUUUGAUUCAAAUAAUGAUGGGAAGCUGGAGUUAACUGAGAUGGCCAGGUUACUACCAGUGCAGGAGAAUUUUCUUCUUAAAUUUCAGGGAGUCAAAAUGUGUGCGAAAGAGUUCAAUAAAGCAUUUGAGUUAUAUGAUCAGGACGGCAAUGGAUACAUAGAUGAACAUGAACUUGACGCUUUACUGAAGGAUCUGUGCGAGAAGAACAAACAGGAUCUGGACAUUAACAACAUCUCCAACUACAAGAAGAGUAUCAUGGCCUUGUCGGAUGGGGGAAAGCUGUACCGGACGGACCUUGCCCUCAUUCUCUCUGCUGGGGACAACUAGAGUUAUGACCACAGUCACUUACUAGCGAUACACCGUAACUAAAGAUAACUGUGCACUAUAAAGGAGUAGUCUGUAUUUCCUUUUAUAUCUGUAAAUUUAACUGCAUAUAGGUAACUGUCCAGGAUGUGUGGCACAAUCUUUUCUGCUUGUUUCUAUACUGUUUGUAAUGUACAGUUUUUGUAACCACAUGACUGAAAAGGAGAUUGUCUAUGCUUAGGCCAGUCAAUAUACCCACUAAAAAAUAACCUGUCAUACUCUUGCUUUAGUACAUAGAGCUGGACAAUAUUUCCCUAAAAAUUCCACCAAAAUUAAUCUCUAAAAUUUUAGUCUCUGAUAGGUUACUGCAAGUUUUUCACUGAAGCGUUCUUAUUUCAGACAAUCAUAGGUCUGUCCUACAAAAUCAUUCUAAGUUGUAUUUCCAAAUAUUAGGAAGAAUGUGCUUUUGCA